UCGAGGUGGACCCGAAGGCCGAGCUGGCCAUGGAGGUCGAGAUGGUCCCAGAGGGAGAAAGGAUAUCGGUGGACGAGAUAAUCUUAGGGAUCCAGAUGAUCUUGGGGAUCGAGAUGGUCCUCGUGGGCACGGUGGUCCGGGGCGUCGAGACCCCACGAACCGAGAUGGUUUGGGUGGCUGGCAAGGUGUUGACGGCCGGAGUGAUCCUGGGGCAAGCCUAGGGGCCUUGGAAAACAAUAAAGGCCGAGACGUUCCUCGGAGUCGAGGUGAGCCUGGAGGCCGAGCUGGUCAUGGAGAUCGAGACGGUCCUGGAGGUCGAUUCAGUCCUGGAGGUCGAGACGGUCCUGGAGGUCGAGACGGCCCUGGAUGCGGGGAAGAUAUCGGUGAACGAGACAGUCUUAGGCACCCAGAUGGGCUUGGGGAUCCAGAUAGUCUUGAGGAUCGAGAUGGUCCUCAGGGUCGCAGUGUUGUUGGGCAUCGAGACCCCUGCUGGCAAGGCCCUGAUGACCGGAGUGAUCUUGGGCCAAGUCUAGAGGCCUCGGAAGACGAUAAUGGCCGAGACGUUCCUAGGUGUCGAGGUGAGACUGGAGGCCGAGCUGGUCAUGGAGGUCAAGACGGUCCCGGAGGCGGAGAGGAUAUCGGUGGACGAAACAGUCUUGGGGAUCCAUCCGGCCUUGAGGAUCGAGAUGGUGCUCGGGGUCGUAAUGGUCCUGGGCGUCGAAACCGCGCGAACCGAGAUGGUUUGGGUGGCUGGCAAGGUGUUGAUGACCGGAGUGAUCCUGGGGCAAGCCUAGGGGCCUUGGAAGACGAUAAAGGCCGAGACGUUCCUCGGCGUCGAGGUGAGCCUGGAGGCCGAGCUGGUCAUGGAGAUCGAGCCGGUCCUAGAGGUCGAGACGGUCCUGGAGGUCGAGACGGUCGAGACGGUCCAGGAGGUCGAGACGGUCCUGGAGGUCGAGACGGCCCUGGAUGCGGGAAAGCUAUCGGUGAACAAGACAGUCUUAGGCACCCAGAAGGGCUUGGGGAUCCAGAUAGUCUUGAGGUUCGAGAUGGUCCUCGGGGUCGCAGUGGUGUUGGGCGUCGAGACCCCACCUGGCAAGAUCCUGAUGACCGAAAUGCUCUUGGGCCGAGCCUAGGACCCUUGGAAGGUGCUAAAGGCCGAGACGUUCCUGAGGGCCGAGAUCGUCCUGGAGGCCGAACUGGUCGUGGAGACCGACACGGCCCUGAAGGCGGACAAGAUAUGGGUGGACGAAACAGUCUUGGGGAUCCAGCUGGCCUUGAGUAUCAAGGCGGUCCUCGGGGUCCCAAUGGUCCUGGGCGUCGAGACUCCACAAACCGAGAUGGUUUGGGUGAUGAUGCUGGGGACGGAGAAGAUAUCGGUGGACGAAACAGUCUUGAGGAACGAGAUCCUGCAGAUCGAGAUGGUGCCUGGAAAGGUCUUGAUGACCGAGUUGGUCCUGAGCGGUGCCUAGACGAAUCGGGGGCUCAGGAAGUCCAUAAAGGCCGAGAUGUUCCUGAAGGUCCGCCUCGACCUGGAACACGGAACAACCCUGGAUGUCGAGGUGGCCGUGGAGAUCAGGGCGGCCGUGGAGGCGAAGGAGAUCUUGAUAGACCGGACCGUCUUGGGGAUCGAGAUGGCCUUGGGCAUCACAAUGGUCCGGGUCACCGAGGUCCUGGAGAUCGAGAUGGUUCUGGUGCUGGAAAAGGCCCUUAUUACCGAAGUGGUCCUGGAUUAAUCUUAAGCGGAUCGAGGGCCUGGAAAGGCCACAGCGGUCCAGAUGUUGCUGAGGGUCGAGGUGGAUCUGGGUCUCGUGACGGUCUCGGAGGCCGAGCUGGUAAAGGAGGUCAAGACCGUCCUGUAGACGGAGAGGAUUUCGGUGGACGAGAUAGCCUUGGGGAUCGAGACGGUUCGCGACAUCGAGGUCCUGCAGCAGGUCUGAACGGUGCGGGAGUCUCAGGUGGUCUGGGUACGGGAUCCAAGUGCCAGAAAGGUCUGGAUAGUCACGGGGGCCGUGAUCGACAUAUGGACGGCCUUUCGUUCUGUCGUGACCAUGAAUCUGCCGCAACUGACGAGACGGUGUCGGUGUCAGAGAACGCCUCUAGCCACCAAGCCAGUCGCCAGAAGAACGCCCCUAAGAAGGGGCGCCACCAUGGAGAUACCCUGGAAGGGGACGGCCCGGAAGGAGACGAGCUGAAGAGAGACGACUUGGGGAUAGAAGACCAGGAGAGAGACGACUUGGGGAGAGACGACUUGGGGAGAGACGACUUGGGGAGAGACGACUUGUGUGAAGCCAGCCUGGAAGAUCAGGAUGGGUCAGGCUGCGAGGGGUCGGGACCGUGUCAAUUCGCGGACUCGGGGAGAGAUGCUCCCAAGGGCCGGUCUGGGAUGGGCGGUCACGUCGACAGCUCUACUGAUGGUGUAGGUUCUAAACAUCUCGUUUGGCGGGGCCCUACAACUCAACCCAGUAAGCGCGGUAAGCUCUGUUCGGGGUCCUCCUCUUUUGGUUCAGGAGCGAGCCCAUCACUUAGUUCAGGGCUUAGCUCAGGACUUAGCUGGGGUCCCGGGUGGGGAAGGCGGCCAGGCGGUCAGCCGAGAUCCUUCGUUAGCGGAUCACAACCUGUUGGGGGUGGAGAUCCGCGGCUGUACGGCCGCCACGAGCCGGUCUCGGGGAGCACGAGCGUGGCACCGGGGAAGGAUAUCCCUGUUUCACCUGACUCCUCCUCGGAGCAUAACUAUCUCUUGGCCCCACGAACAAAAGGGGCGGUGGCCGAAGAGACCGUGGACGACGAGGCCGUGGCCGAAGAGGCCUUGACCGAGGAGGAGGUAGCCGAAGAGGCCCCCACCGAAGAGGAGGUAGCCGACGAGAGGGUAGCCAAGGAGGCGGUGGCAAAGGCCCCAGGGAGAAGCAAGACCGGGAGUGACAGAAGCAAGCUUGGGAGCGACAGAAGCAAGCCCGAGAAUGAGUUGGCGGAGGGACAGACACGCAGGGACGGCAUGGCAGCGGCUGGCUCGGGUUCGGACAUGGCAGAUAACGUCUCCUUUGUAUCUGGCACGUACUCUGUUCUCGAUGCGAAUGGCAAAAGAACGGACGGCGGAACGGAGCGCACAGGAGCGAGUGGAUUGCCUAUCGAGAAUGGUCCGAGCGAGAGUAUUACGGGUGAGAGUGCUCGUCGUGAGGAGACGGGGCGAAAGCCGGGGCAUAGCGGGGGUCGUUCGGGUCACGGCCGCAGCCUGGUGCGCGAUUUGGGCCCAAGCCGUGAGGAGUCCAGGUCCCGUCGGAGUUUGCUUGAAGACCCGCUCGACUACCGACCCUCUCGGAAGCACGGCGACCACCGCGGAACGCUGCAAGAAAAAUGCCCUGGUGCAGACGCGAAGGCGAACGUGCUGGUCUCUGUGAACGCCAGCAGCUACCUCUACCAAGGACCGAUAAUCAGCAACGUUACCACGACCGCAGACGCACGGAGCCGCGCGGCCGAGACCUCUUCCUCCAGCGGGGACCCGCUACAAAGCAACCCCCUUCAAAGCAACGCAGCUUUCCCCGUAGAACCGCUGACUUCUUCCGACGCAUUCCCCCGCCCUUCCUAUCCCGACGCAUUGCCCCGCCCCUACCCGUACCUGACCUCCCCCUACAUGACCUCCCCCCCGUACCUGGACCCACAAAACGCAAACGGCCCUACCGCGGCUCUUCUUAACGCGGUUCCUCCCAACCCGGCUCUUCCCAAUGCGCUGGCUGCUCCAUAUAGGACUGCUCCAGGUGAAACUGCUCCGGGUGCGCUUGCUCCAGGUAGGACUGUUCCAAUCGCGGCCCCGCCUCAUCGGACACCGCCAGAACCCCCGCUGCCGCCAGGCUCGGGCGCUCCCGGGAGCGUACCGGAGGAGUUACGCGGCGAACGGCCGCCGUUCAUCCCACAGCCGGCGAAUGCGGCAUCUCAAUUGAACGUGACGCUGUCGUCAUUGCCGCCAGUUGUCAUAGCCCCCAUGAACGAAUUCGCGCCUGUCUUCGCCCCAACCAACAAUUAUAACCCUGACCCCGGGUUCGAUUCCGGCCUUGACCCCGGCGGCCCUGCCCCCGGCUUUACUCGCGAAACAGACCCCUACCGACCGGCGAAAGAUUAUACGCGAGGGAGAAGACACCCAGAGAGAAACAAACACCCGAAGGAGGCACAGGACGCCGCGCAGUAUGCAGGUGGCCCGUGGACGGGCGACGACCCGCCGCCAGCGCCGAUUUGGAACCGACCAGCUCCGUCGCUCCGAGACGCAUCGGACGACGAGACCAGUCAGAACGGACCAGAUGUGUUCGACUACCGGGAGGCACCGCAUUGGAAGAGGCCAGACCGAGAGAGGCCGGACGGAGAGAAACUGGACAGCGACGACGAACCAUUGCCGGUUCCGACGGCCUUGAACCUUGCUUCUGAAGGGGAUCGAGGGGUGGGGUCUGGACCCUUCGACGACGCCUUCCCGACGACGGAUUUACCGGUGCGAACUGGCCCUAAUGCAAGACACAGUUUGGAGAUGCCCCGGUCGGAGUACGAGGACCUGGACGCAAGUCCGGGUCACCGGAGCGACGGCAGACCCCAAUGGCGGUCGGCGGCAGACGCGGAACCUCGGGGUCGCCGAGGAUGGCAGGACCCGGGAUUCGAACCCAGGACCGAGGGCUACCGGGACGACCGUCCGUCUCGGAGACGCACAUCAGUCGGCCGCGAUUCCAGCCGUGACUCGAUCGGCCGCGUACGCCGUCCAGACGAUGGACGUGUGCAUACUCUGGAACACGGAGAAUCUGUUGGCAGAGGUUCUCUCGGUAGGGGAAGGGCCUCCGGGGCGAGAGACUCGGGGGCUGGGGGCUCCGGUUCAAGAGAGGAAUCCGACGGGAGACAAGCACGACGGCGGUACAGCAACCGCGGUGUGCCGAACAGUGAGGAUGGUCGCCCCCAACUGAAGGACUUCCCCGUCACCAGCGACCCCGGAAUCAACCAUCCCUCCUAUCCCGACCGACCCCACCCCGACCGGCCCUAUCCCGACCGGCCCUAUCCCGACCGACCCUAUCCCGACCGGUCCUAUCCCGACCGGCCCUAUCAUGACCGUCCCUAUCCUGCCCGUCCGUAUCCUGACCGUCCCUAUUCUGACCGUCCGUAUCCCGACCCUCACAGUCGAGACCCUUACUAUCGAGACCUCAACGAUCGUGACCGCAGUCCUUGGAAUCGCGACCGCAGUCCUUGGAAUCGCGACCGCAGUCCUUGGAAUCGCGACCGCAGUUCCCGGGACCGCAGUCCUCGAGCCCGCAGUCCUCGGGAUCCGGAGCGCGCCCCGUGGGCUGGGGCGGACGGCUAUGCAAUAGAGCCGGUAUCGACUGGACCGCCCAUCCGUAGUCGCAACAGCGAGGCAGGCUUGGACUCGAGGCACUCUGUUGAUUCGGGUCGUCUGCACAGUAACGGGCCGUGGCAUCACAUUGCGUCGGAGGACGCGGACAACGCCUUGAUGAGUAACCUCGACACUGAAGUUCCCAGCAUUACAGUUUCCAGCAUUUCAGUUUCCAGCAUUGCAGUUUCCAGCGUUGCAGUUUCCAGCAUUGCGGUUUCCAGCACUGAAGUUCCCAGCACUCAAGUUCCCAGCACUCAAGUUCCCUGCACUGGAGUUCCCAGCCCGACACUGGGCAGUAUGGAGAUAGAGUAG